CGAAUUAUAGAGAUCGGUAACCGCUCUGCAUUCCUAGGCUCCUUGCCGCCCGACUCCUCCGCGAUCACUAAGGUUCAGCAUCGAUCAUUAAUACAGUACUGAUUUUCCGAUUUGUGAAAGCAACGAGGCUUAUGAAGCAUGUACUAUAUAUUCUCACAAAGACUCAAAAUGCUCUAACUACCGCACCUCACCCGCCUUUUCUCAAUCCCUCAUUGAUACUUGCUGUAGUGCUACAUUCCACCUGACAUGGGCAACGCUAACUCUGGCAAUAGACAUCACCCUCCUUCAGCUAGCCAACCCGACCCGGACAAACCUGUAUCGGACAAGCCUGUAUCGCGAAGUUACCAAACUUUUGCACUGACUAUUGGCAUCGACACAUACCGAUCGGAGACUUUUAGAUCGGAGAGCCUGCAAGGUGCCGUCAACGACGCUAACAAAUUUGACGAAUAUCUACGCAAGGACCGUGGAACUCCGGAGGAGAAUAUCAUUAGCCUUCGCGAUGAAAAAGCAACAAGAUCUGCCAUCAUAGAUGGAUUCAAGAGGCUCGAAAGCGAUGAAAGAAUUGUCUCGGGCACGGCUGCCAUCAUUAUUUACUAUGCAGGCCAUGGGGCCAUCGCUCAUAAGCCAGUCGAAUGGAAGGACUGGGAAACGCCUGGAGACGAGAUCGAGCUGCUGUGUCCUAGUGACAUAGGAUUGCGAGACCAAAAUGACAAGAUCAUAGAUGGGAUACCGGAUCGAACGAUUAGUCAACUUCUCCUAGAUCUGUCUGCAGCCAAGGGAAAUAAUAUCACAUUGAUUCUGGAUUGUUGUCAUGCCGCUGGAAUCAACCGGGGAGGGGGAGGGGCAAGGGGCCCCAUUGACCUUGGUGUAGGUCAACUGGUGGACGUGCGACCACGGAACUUCCGAAGUGUCCACGAUCUUUCUCCGGGUUGCGACGAAGACAUUUAUCGUCGGGGAUCCAGCCUUUCACGUUCACUUCGGGACUCUCAUGUGCUUUUGGCAGCGUGCAGACGUGGCCAAACCGCCUCAGAGAUAAACGGAAUCGGCCUCUUUACGGAUGCCCUACUCAGGUGCAUGAGAGAUAAGCCUCUAGCAGGCGUUCUUACGUAUGCUUCGUUGUUGCAUCAUCUUGAUAUCCCAGAAACCCAGACACCACAGUUCGAUGGGAAGCAUAUCCGUCGACAUCUGUUUGACUCGUGGGAGAGUCCUGCGGAUAGUUCAAUGAUCCUAUGUCGUCGUAAGGAGCUCCAAGACCCAGACCGCCUUGUCCUCAGGCUAGAGGCCGGGGCCCUUCAUGGUAUCACUCCUGGCUCCACGUUCGCAAUCCAUGAAACAGAUGUAUCUCACCCAAACAACGAACUACCAACUGCGGUUGUGACUACUGUUGAACCAUUUUGUUCUCACCUUGUGCUCCAUGACGAGGCUUUCUUCACCACGUAUCAAGACCAUCCUGUCUGGUACGCGCAAUUGAAGGAAGCUUCUGGAUCCAACCUCGCCAUCCAUUGCAAUAGCUCAGACCUCUUUAAUCACAUCCUCGCGGAGGACAGUGAACCCAAGCUCACAGUUCCAGCCAUCGCCGCCGAAAGGCAGUCUGAAGCGGAUCUCUGCUUGACGAUGAAAGAUAACUCCGUUUUCUUUGACCGAGGAGAUAAAAAUGGUACCAUUAGUGCGAGCAUGGACUUUCCUUCACGUUUCCCAGCUCGCCCGGUGGCUGUCAAAGACAUCGCCAGGAUUCGCAGGGUCAUUGAUCGCUACGCACAGUUCAGCUCUCACCUUUCUAGACCAGGUUCAGUUCCCAUAUCCCAGUAUGGUAUUUCUAUAAAAAUGCACGAAUUGAAGCUCGAUAAAGGCAGUUUAUCGCCUACUGGCGACAGCAUUCUGCCCGAUGGUGAAGGGAAGCCUGUUGAGCUUGUCAUAGACUCUUCGUCUCGAAAGAAAUAUUAUGGGUUCACAAUUCAUAACGAGUCCGAGCUCGCUCUAUACGCAUAUCUAUUCUACUUCGACGCUUCUACCCUGGAGAUAGAGGAAUGGUACUGCCCGAUUCAGGGAAAUUCUAAACAGAACACUGCCAUCGACACCUGCCUCCAAGGGAAUUCAACACUCACUCUUGGCUUCGGAAGCGGUGGCAUGCAAAAGGUGGAAUUUUCCGUUCCAGACGGCCAAGACGUGGACGUCUGCUUCUUCAAGAUUUUCGUAACAACGAAGGCGGUGGACCUUGCAAGCAUCUCCCAGCCAUCUCCCUUUAAUGAAAUGAUUGGACGGGGUGCCAAACGUGUCCCUCCAUCAAUUACAGACGACUGGGCUUCAACAACAAUUCCUGUUGUAUUACGACGUACUCAAACAUCCAAAAGCCCGGCUGUCCCACCUAGUAUUGCGUGCAGUGAACGUGAAUCAACAAAGCCAGCAGAAGACUAUAUGCAAGGACUUGGGAAAUGGCUUAUCGCGUCUUGGCAACGUGUGGAAAGAUUUCUUCAAUCUCGAGUCCCCCAGCCCUAUGCCGUCCCCAAUGAAGUUUUACUAUAGGGUCGCUCUGAGGGGGAGAGAAAGUAACUAUCAUUGUAAAUUUUGAAGAUAUGUUCGAUGGUCAGUUCGUAUUUAGUUACAAA